ACUCCAACAGGCGCUGGUUGGCCAUCACAGCGCAAACCCCGGUAGAGCCGCCGCUUGGCCAACCGUGGCUGGUUCCUCCGGAGCUGCUCCGAGAUCAUGGGCGACGCCAACGACGAGCCGGAGCCCAUCCGACUCAAGUCCCUGAAGUACGAGGGCAGCUUCACGGUGCCGCCCGAGGACAAGCUGGGUAGAGGCAGAAGCGUGAAGGAAUUUGUGAAGCUGAAUCGUAUUGGUGAAGGAACCUAUGGUAUUGUAUGUGGUCUGAAGCCGUGUGGAGAGCCUCUCAAAGCAUUUCAUCACUGUCGAUACCGUGCCCAUGAUAUGAAAACUGAUGAAAUUGUUGCUCUCAAGAAGGUUCGAAUGGAUAAAGAAAGGGAUGGAAUCCCCAUCAGCAGUUUGAGAGAGAUUAACCUACUACUUAAACUGAGGCACCCUAAUAUUGUAGAGCUAAAAGAAGUAGUGGUGGGAAAUCACCUGGACAGUAUUUUCCUAGUAAUGGGAUACUGUGAACAGGAUCUUGCCAGUCUUCUUGAAAAUAUGCAAUCACCAUUCUCAGAGGCUCAGGUGAAAUGUAUAAUCUUGCAGUUAUUAAAGGGACUGCAAUAUCUACAUGAAAACUUCAUUAUUCACAGAGACCUUAAGGUAUCUAAUUUGCUGAUGACUGAUAAAGGGUGCGUGAAGAUAGCGGACUUUGGGCUGGCACGUGCAUAUGGGGUGCCUCUAAAACCAAUGACUCCAAAAGUAGUAACACUAUGGUACAGAGCACCUGAAUUACUACUGGGAACAAAAACACAGACUACAGCUAUUGAUAUGUGGGCAGUAGGUUGCAUCCUUGCAGAGCUACUGGCACACAAACCUUUGCUUCCUGGAAGCUCUGAAAUCCAUCAGAUUGACUUAAUUGUUCAGUUAUUAGGGACUCCGAAUGAGAACAUAUGGCCUGGCUUUUCCAAGUUGCCAUUAGUGGGACAAUACACUCUGAGAAAACAACCUUACAAUAACCUGAAGCACAAAUUUCCGUGGUUAUCAGAAGCUGGCCUCCGACUUCUCAACUUCCUCUUCAUGUAUGACCCGAAAAAAAGGGCUACAGCAGAAGAUAGUCUGGAGAGUUCCUAUUUUAAAGAAAAGCCAUUGCCAUGUGAACCAGAACUUAUGCCAACAUUCCCCCAUCAUCGUAACAAACGAGCAGCUUCUAGUGUGGAUAACCAACAGAAACGACCCAAGAUUAUACUCGAGAGCUAGAAGGCUGGGUUGUUUCAUCCCAGCUGGACACCAGUGAGCUAACCAAGCCAGGGAUCGUCCAGAUGCAGAAGAGACGAGGGUCUGAAUGAUCAAAUAUUUCAAACUACUUAAUGCACAAAAAAAACUCACUAAAUAUUUCAACAAAUUGUCAACAAACACGAGGAAAUCUGCAGAUGCUGGAAAUUCAAGCCACACACACACAAAAUGCUGGUGGAAUGCCAAUCACCUUUCCAGCUCUUAGCUUCACCCCUCUUACCCCCCCCCCCCCGAAGUCUCUAUCAUUUUGUAUUUACCCCUCCCCCUCCUGCUUUCAAAUCUUUUACUAUCUUUUCUUUAAGUUAGUCCUGAUGAAAGGUCUUGGCCUGAAACGUCAACUGUACUUCUUCCUAUAGAUGCUGCCAGCAUUUUGUGUGUUGCUCAACAAAUUUGUCACCUGAUUUUAAAUUUAGUCUCAUAAUGUGUAGUCAGCUACCUGAAUUAAAAAAAAUUCCACAAACUUACAUUUUUUAGCAUGUAAUUGCAAUACAUAUGCUGUGAUGCUCUCCUCUCAUCAUAGUUCUAUGUUGUUUUGACUUUGACCAGAUGUUUCUUUUCAUGUAUUAAAUAGUAUUUGUACAGUU